CUUGGUUGACCUUGCAUCUCCACGAACAGGGGAUCCAUCACCACUACUCACAUCAUGCCGAACCCACACUACGACCUCCUGCUCAAGCUUCUCCUCAUCGGUGACUCGGGCGUCGGCAAGUCAUGCCUCCUCCUCCGAUUCUGUGACGAUGCCUGGACUCCCUCAUUCAUCACCACCAUCGGCAUUGACUUCAAGAUCAGGACAAUUGAGCUAGACGGCAAGCGCAUCAAGUUGCAGAUCUGGGACACCGCAGGCCAAGAGCGAUUCCGUACAAUUACCACGGCCUACUACCGUGGAGCCAUGGGCAUUCUCCUCGUAUUCGAUGUAACAGACGAGCGCUCCUUCCAGAAUAUCCGCACUUGGCACAGCAACGUCGAGCAGCACGCCUCCGAAGGUGUCUCUCGCCUACUCGUGGGAAACAAGUCGGACUGGACCGAGAAACGGGCUGUCAGUCAAGAGGAGGCUCAGAAGCUGGCUGAUGAGCUGGGGAUCAGAUACGUGGAAACGAGCGCCAAGAACAACGAUCAAGUGGAUGACGCCUUUGUGGGGUUGGCGAGGGAGGUCAAGCAGAAGUUGGUCGAGAGUGGCGCUAUCAACCCGGUCAUGGGCACGGCGACGAAUCAAGCAGGCGGUGCAGGUGGAAAUGGUAGCGUCAAUGUUUCAGCAGGCGGACAGGGCGCCAAGCAGGGGGGAUGCUGUUGAGGAGUGCAUAGGCCGAUUCGUCGCCCAUCUCCUUCAUUCAGUCAGCUCAUCUUGGGCGUGUCCCUUUGCCCGCACAUCUGUUCACACGCUUCACGCCCGACUCAUCGUUUCGCC